CGAGAAAAAGGCGAAAAUCAAACGUCGUGCCACCAGUGGGAAAUCCAGAGAUUGGGUAACCGCCCCCUCCUCCUCUUGCACUGCUGGCUCUCCUGUUGGCUCUGUUGGCACUGCCAACUGGAUCUGUUGGCGCUGUUGGGAGUCAAACGGAGGAUGCAGCGGGUGGCACAGACGGCCAUUGAGGCGGGCAAGGCCUACGCCCGGCUCGCUGGUGGUGAUGCCGCGGCGGGUGGGGAUGGCGCCAUUGGGCUGCUGCGGCGAGCCCUGCUGUACCUUCCGGCACAUGACCAUCGCAAGGUCGUCAAGGCCAGUACCCUAGACGUCGACCUCAUCUGCCUCGACUGCGAAGAUGCUGUUGCCGAAGCCCGCAAACCCGAUGCUCGCCAAGCCAUCCCAGACAUCCUCUCAUCCACCAACUUUGGUCGCUCAGAGGUUGCCGUCCGAAUCAACCCCGUCGAUACUCCCCACGCCUGGCACGACCUCGAGGCCGUGCUGGGCGCCUCAACUCGACCCCACACCAUUGUCGUCCCAAAAGUAGACACCCCGGAACAAAUGGAAUGGUUGUACGACGCCGUCCAAACGCUCAGCCCCGAUAGCAAUACCAAACCUUUGCACCUCAUCACCCAAGUCGAAUCCGCCGUGGGUCUGCAUUUCCUCCACGAUAUCUGUCAGGUGGGCAAGGACCGGGGCUCCGCAGAGGACCGCCGCAUCAUUCAUGAUGGCUUGAUCCUUGGGGGCGACGACUUUGCUGCCAGCAUCCGCGCCCGACGCACCCCGAGCAACCGCGAACUGCUCCUGGCCCGACAACAGACCAUUGUCGCCGCCGCCCGCUUUGGCCUCACCGCCAUUGACAUUGUCAACAUCCACUACAAACAAGGCCUUGAUUUGCUGGAACAAGAAGCCUCCGAAGGCGCGGAAAUGGGCUUUGACGGCAAGCAGGUGAUCCAUCCAGUUCAGGUUCCCAUCGUUCAGGCAGCCUAUCACCCCACCCCACAGCAAAUCGACUACGCCCGUCGCCUGGUCGACGCUUUCAACGCCCAUAGCGACGCAGGCACCGGAGCUUUUGAAUUCGAAGGCACCAUGGUCGACAUGCCCACAGUUCGCCAGCAUCAGCAGGUUUUGUGGAUGGAUAAUCACCUCCAAGCUGCCGCUGCCCAAAAGUAGGCCGCGCAUGUCACCAGCCCAUUGUUCAUAGCGGCGCAAAAGGUCGUCCCCACCAAGAGUUGUGCAAUUGCUAUUCUCUGGUAUUCUUUGCAAUUCAAUUGCAGGCUCACGCAAAAUGG